GACAUAUGUUACUACCACUAUGAGCAUAGUACAACGUGGGGUGUGAAAGUAGCAACACACACACACACACGAUGAGAGGAAGAAGAAGAGAGAGAGCUGAGAAAACGUUUAAAACGACACACAGAUUCAGAAUUCAAUGAAAUUGAAUUGAAGAUCCAUCUUCAUAGUCAACUUGGUCUCACUCUCCCAACGCCAAAUUACCCUUUUGCCCUUCGCUCUUUGCCUUCUUUUCCUUUGACUCGGCCCUCUCUCUACGCCGCAAUGGACGCCGGCGAAGCCCUCUCCGACGAUCCGAAUGGGUCCAGGCCCAAUUCCGCCGCCGACGGAGCUCCGGCCACCGGCGGGGCGAGGUACAAGCUCAUGUCGCCGGCCAAGCUCCCGAUCUCGCGGUCGCCGUGCGUCACGAUUCCGCCGGGGCUCAGUCCGACGUCGUUUCUGGAGUCGCCGGUGCUGCUCUCCAACAUGAAGGUGGAACCUUCACCGACUACAGGAUCCCUUUCUAUGCUUCAUCAAACUGCACAUGGUUCCGUGACUUCUGCUGCAUCUGCUACAUUUCCUGUAACCACUGCAUGCUUCAAUAGCAAUACUGUUGAUGACAGAAAACCCAGCUUCUUUGAGUUUAAACCACACAGUAGAUCAAAUAUGGUUCCUGCAGACUCUGACAACCAUGCAAGUGAAAAAUCUACUCAAAUAGAUGGUCAAGGAAAAACUCAAGCUUUUGACUCAUCACCAUUUGUAAAAAAUGAGAUAGCAGACCCUUCAAAUGAAUUAAGUCUAUCAUCACCAGUUCAAAUGGUUAGCUCAGGAGCUGGUGCACGUGUUGAAGGUGAUUUGGAUGAAUUGAACCCUAGGAGCAACAUAGCAACUGGGCUUCAAGCAUCACAAGUUGACAAUAGGGGUAGUGGACUUUCAGCUGCAGCUGAUAGAGUAUCUGAUGAUGGAUAUAACUGGAGAAAAUAUGGGCAAAAACAUGUUAAAGGAAGUGAAUUUCCACGCAGUUAUUACAAAUGUACUCAUCCUAACUGUGAAGUUAAGAAACUAUUUGAACGCUCUCACGAUGGGCAAAUCACCGAAAUCAUUUAUAAGGGGACACAUGAUCAUCCUAAACCUCAACCUAACCGCCGUUACUCUUCUGGAACUAUGAUGUCUAUGCAAGAAGAGAGAUCUGAGAAAGCUUUGACUGGCCGAGAUGACAAAGGAUCCAAUAUAUGUGGCCAGAUGUCUCACCCAGCUGAUCCUGACAGUACUCCAGAGCUAUCCCCUGUAGCAACAAAUGAUGGUGAUCUAGAGGGUACAGGGUUUUUGUCAAACCGGAAUACUGAUGAGGUUGAUGAUGAUGAUCCCUUCUCAAAGCGAAGAAAAAUGGACCUUGGAAAUGCUGACAUCACUCCUGUGGUUAAGCCUAUCCGGGAGCCACGGGUUGUUGUGCAAACACUAAGUGAGGUUGAUAUAUUGGAUGAUGGUUACCGCUGGCGCAAGUAUGGGCAGAAGGUGGUGAGAGGCAAUCCUAACCCUAGGAGUUAUUACAAAUGCACGAACUCAGGAGAGACUCACAUCCUCAAGCCCGCCUGGCGCAUUCACCAUUGCGCCUGGCGUGCUUGCCUAAAUGGACAAUCACCACCCAGAAUCAACAACCAUCAAUCAGAAAUUGAGUUUCUAGAACUCGUUUGCAACCAAAAUCCACAAGAACUAGCUUCCCUUACCUCGGGCAAAGAUUCCGAGUUUUGGGACAGCGAAAAGAGAGGAAAUGGAGAAGAAAGCGAGAUGACUCCGGUUCAGCUAGCUCCACCUACUCUAUGA